GAUAAUCAUCUGCUUGUCCUAUGCCUUUUGAUAAAUAGUUUUCCAAACAUUCAGAUUCAACCUGUGAAGGUUUCAUUGUUUGAUUGACACUUCAUUAGCUUCCAAGAGAAAAUAGUAUUUAGUAGAGGUGAUACAGCUUUAAAAAGGGUGUAACUAAAAUGGCGACAUCAUUAUUUUAUCUAGUAAUCGCUGUGAUUAUUAGCCCAAUAUUGUCUCAAAAUCCUGGCGUCAAGAUGAGAGUGACGUCAACUGGAAUCGAUUAUGCUGAGAAAGUUGCAAAGUCUGCACUAACCACAACACUCAACACGAUCAGUUUGCCAGAUUUCAAUGGAAAAGACGGAAACUUAGAGUAUUGGUUGAAAAACAUCCGUUUGGGCAAUGUUCGAGUUCCCGACAUCGACAUCUUUCUGAGUCCCGCUCAACGUGGACUGACCAUGAAUGUGAGAAACUUUGGUGUCGAUGUAUUCUUGGAUUACAGAGCUCGAUAUCAACUCUGGUUCAUUCCUAUUGAUAAUUCUGGAGGUGCCACUGUUUACUUUAAACAAGUUGAGCUAACGGUGACUGUUGGAAUAGAUCAAUUUGAAGACACCAGUCCUAAACUUGUAUCAAGAAGCUGCAGUGCAAAUAUUGGAGACUUUGACGUCAAUUUCCAAGGGAGCCUGGCAUGGCUGCUGAAUCUCUUUAGAGGACUCUUUAGUGGAGCUAUACGAGAUAGCAUUAAAAAUACGAUUUGUGAUAAAGUGAACGAAGCUAUCAACAUUCAUGGUGCAGAUACGUUACGAAAGCUUCCAUUGGAAGCUGAUAUUGCCGAAAAGUUUGUCGUCGACUACAGAUUGCUGUCUCCAGUUCUAUUUACGGACAGGUAUUUAGAGACUCAGCACAAGGGAGCGGUUUACUGGAAGGCAGACAGACAAAGCCAGAUUCCUUUCUCACCUGAUGUUAUACCUGCCUGGACAGAAAGCAGCAGUAUGUUGUACCUGUGGAUGACAGACUAUGUACCUAGGACGUUGGGCUACGCUGCACAUACACAUGGCUAUCUUCAAUAUGUCAUCUCUCCUGACAAGCUUCCAUCACAGAGUAAAAGUUUCCUGAAUACAACUUGUCCAGAUUCAGCAUGCGCUGGGACCCUCAUCCCCCUGCUGGCCGAGAAGUACCCAAAUUCUUUGGUGACUUUGACAAUAUCUUCAAGCAAGUCUCCUGACGUCAAUAUCACCAGUAAUGGCCUAGGCUUAACUCUGUAUGGGACUUUGGAUUUGUCUACAACAUCAGCAUCAGCCGUGGUGACAGCUAAUGUGGUAGGUACAUCAGCAUCAGCCGUGGUGACAGCUAACGUGGUCAUUUCGAUUGUAGGAACGGCUUCUGUCAGGGGCGAUCGAAUUGUUGGUCGCAUUUCUCAAUUUCGAACGACCAUUGACUCUUUGAAGUCUCAAGUAGGAGAUGUAGACAUCACAGCCAUCAAUAGAGCGUUAGAUGAAGGCAUGAAUUUAAUAUUGAUCCCUCACAUGAAUGCUAUUGCCGAUGCCGGAUUUCCGCUGCCAGUACUUCAAGAUCUUAAGUUUCAAAAUCCAAGAAUUAUUUAUCAAGAUAAAUCAUUAAUUAUAAGUACUAAUGUACAGUAUCAAGGCAUUGUCUGAUCUCCUACCUAGAGGUCUAGCUCAAACUGUUUACGAUUCUCAAAGAAAUGUGUCUCUUUGUGUGUGUGUAUGUGUUCUACUGUUGUUUCUAUCAAUCCCAUUCGGUUUUGUUGCACCUACUUUGAGCACCAAUGUACUAAAAAACUAGGCAAGCAAAGGUCAAGCAAGAAUAAAAACUAUUAUUAUUGA